AGUUUAUAGUGUUUUUCACGAUUUCUACGCUUUUAUCGCGUUUUUAAUCGCUGUUUGAUUUGAUUUUAUACCUUUAAUACCCGAUUAUCUUCUUCUAUACCACCACUUCUUGGGAUCAGUUGUUUGUCGUAAACCUCAUCAACAAAAAUGUCGACCGAUUGGGAAGAUGUGAAGCGAUUGGCCGCCGAUUUCCAGCGGACACAACUCAGCGAAACGCUGUUGAGACUCUCUGAACGGAAUUGCGUGGAAAUCAUGAAGCGGUUGAUCGAAAUGAAGUUAUUGGACGUAAUCUUCACCAGCGAUGGCAAGGAAUACAUAACUGAAGAGCAUUUGUUGCGCGAGAUUGAGGACGAGCUGUUCAGCGCCGGCGGUCGCAUCAGUUUAACCGAUUUGGUGACCGCUUUGAACGUGGAUUACAUCCAGAUUGAGGCCAAAGCCAACCAUCUGUCGCGGACGAGCGCCGGUGACGUGAGUCUCGUUUUGGGACAAUUGGUUUCGCGUCAGUACAAGGACUCAAUGGCUCAAGAAGUGGACCUUAAGCUACAGGAGACCGGAAUUAUCACAAUCGCUGAACUCACCAAACAAUACGAUUUGAGCGCCGAUUUCAUUGACACCGUUAUCGCCGAACGCUUGGGUACUAUCAUUAAAGGCAAAGCCGAUGUCAACGAUUCCCGCAUUAUUGUGACCAACGAUUACUUAUCGCAAUACCAAUCAAAGGUGACGGGAGUCCUGUCGGCCGUCACUCGACCCGUUCCUCUCAAUACAGUCAUCAAUAGAUAUAAAUUCUCAGAAAGUAUUUUCAACAGUAUUGUCAACGAAUUGAUUGCAUCGAAACGACUGUCGGGUUCACUGAGCGGACGGACAUAUAUACCGGAAAUCUAUGCAAAAACCCAAUUAGAAUACAUCGAGAAUUUUUACAAACUGAACGGUUAUUUAGAUUAUUCAACGCUUUCCCGGUUAGGCAUCGCUAACGCGCAGACAUAUCUCCAGAAGCGGUUCGGCGAUGAGUUGUGUUAUUUGAAUUCCUGUGCCGUCGGACAGAUGUUGAACUUUCAGGUCGAGUCCUCUAUAGAGGAGUGCAUUUUGAACAAUAGUUGGGUUGAUUUGGUUCCCGUUAUGCCCACAAUCCUAUCCGAAAGUGAUGUCAAUAUUCUCAUCACUAAAACUCUGGAACAGAAUAAGAACUUAAGUGAACCGACAAUUGUUUUGUGCGACACUAUUGUCGUCAGCAAAGCAUUUAUUGCCAAAAUUGAAGAAAUAUUUGUUCCGUUAAUGAAUAAAAAAGCCACAGAAGACCUGAAUUCUGGUUUAUUGUUAACCAUAUUUGCAGCACAAAAGGCCGCCAAACUUGACUCUAUAGUCGACGACAAGAGAAGUGAAUCGGGAGGCAAAGGCCAGAAGAAAGGCGCUAAAAAAGGAGGCGGUGGUGGAGGGGGUGGUGGCGGCGGCGGAGGCGCCGGUUCUCAGGGCCGAGAAGUGAAGACAAAGGCCGUGAAGAAGAAGUAUAAGCCCGGCGCCAAAGUGACCGCAAAGGAUGAUUCCGACGACGAAUCGCAAAAUGAAAUUACUUUUAAAAAUGUGGACGAAUUGAUUGAAAUCUUAGAGAAGAAUAUCUCCAAUGCAGACGAAUGUCCGCCAGAAUUUAUAAAAGACAUCGCGCUAUACAUUGAGGCAACUCUUCGUGAUAAAUACGAGACAAUCGCCAGAAAUGUGUUCAUCUCUUCUGCGUCCGCGUCGACAGCAAAGGCCAAGAAGUCUUUCGCUGACGUCCAGAAGAAUAUCAAUCAAAUCUAUUGCAAUAUUUUGAUGUUUGACAGAGGAAUCAAAAUCCUGACAAACGAUGAACUGCAGACACAGCUAACAAAGUACUUAUUGCGUUCGUUGUGCUCAGAAGUUGUCAAUCAAUUAAUCAUUCAUUUCUCGAGUGAAGACAUAUCCAGUAUUGCAACUCCUGAGGUAAGCCACACACAGAAGUGAAUUGAGAAAUAAAACGCUACAAUAAAAAACACAAAAUAUCUCAUAAAAAACUCAUAACAAUUAUCAUAUAUUAUGCGAACCGUAUGUAAGCACCGGAAUUAAAAACGGGUUUCUCUGUCUGUGUUUGC